UCGGUGUGUAUGUUAAAGUCUAUACUGAUUGCGUGGGUUUGACUAGAUUUAUCCAUAAUGGAAAGAUAACCAUUCGGACCAUGCUACGGUUCGAAUGCUAAGCCGGUUCCACCUCUAUUUGCUCGCAUAAGACAUUAUCUGUUGAGCGGCAAAACUGCUUAGGGCGUAGUAAAUACUGCAACUUUACUUUGGCAAAAUGGAAAAUUCAAUUAGACUUCUUUUUCAUCUGGUAGCUACUGCCAAUUUUGCGUAUGGCAUUUACUAUGAUCUUUGGGAAUUGAAGUUACCUCAUGACUUUGCCAAAAUCUCCAUUGAUUAUGCAGGGCAAUUGAAGUAUUUGACAUUCUGGAACAUGGUGCUCCAACUUAUCUACUUUUCGUUUUCUAUCUUCAAUGAUCUGUUUGGCAGCAAUUCCAUAAGCUUAAAAGAACGAGCUGCUUUGCAAAGCGUGAGAGACUUUCUUUUUGGAUCACUGGUCUUCCCCUUAGGAAUGUUUGUUGCAACCACCUUUUGGAUAUUGUGGGCCUUUGACCGUGAAUUAGUUUUUCCAGUAGCUCUUGAUGCAUUCUUUCCAGGUUGGUUAAACCAUGUCAUGCACACAACAGUUGUUCCGUUGGAUUUUAUUGAACUGUUCUUCAUUCCAAAAACCUUUCCGGAAAGAUCUCAUGCUUUGGCAGGGCUUUCAAUUCUUAUGCUUGGAUAUCUUGCUUGGGUAUUCUUUAUUGCAUUCAAAACCGACUUUUGGGUUUACCCCGUUCUAGCUGUUUUACACUGGGGAUACCGCCUACUAUUCAUAGCUGGACUCAUGGUUUUAGCAUCAUUGAUGUAUAUUUGUGGAGAAAAGCUCCACUACUAUGUUUGGGGCCAGCAAACUCUCGGAGCAGUAAGACCUCGCCAAAAUGACAGCAGUUCACGUCUUAAAACUCCAAGCAAAAUACCGGUGCCAGUGAAUAAUGCUAAGAAAGGAUCCAAGCAAAUUUAAGCACCCAUCAAUGCACUCAGUUUUACGUGGAUAAAUCUAAAAAUUUUUUAGCCAAUUUUGGUAAUUUUUGUUGAUGUGAAAUACAAAUUUUUAGGCGCCGCA